AAACACACAGCGGUAUUUAUGAGCAGAUCCUUGGAGUCAGAGGCUGGCUGAGUCACACCAUGCCUGAUUCCAUCCUUUGCUCCAGAAAGUUGUGAAUUGCUCAUGCUUAAAGAGGUGGAAGGAUGGCACAUGGUAUUCCUUCUCAAGGCAAAGUUACUAUAACGGUGGACGAGUACAGCUCAAACCCCACCCAGGCCUUCACGCACUACAACAUCAACCAGAGCAGAUUCCAGCCGCCACAUGUACAUAUGGUCGACCCCAUCCCAUAUGACACUCCAAAACCAGCGGGCCACACGCGGUUUGUCUGCAUCUCAGACACACACUCCAGAACAGAUGGUAUCCAGAUGCCUUAUGGGGACAUCCUUCUCCACACAGGCGAUUUCACCGAGCUGGGACUGCCCUCAGAGGUUAAGAAGUUUAAUGACUGGUUAGGAAACCUGCCAUAUGAAUAUAAAAUAGUGAUUGCUGGGAAUCAUGAACUGACAUUUGAUAAGGAAUUCAUGGCAGACCUUGUUAAACAGGACUACUACCGUUUCCCCUCUGUGUCCAAAUUGAAACCAGAGGACUUUGACAAUGUUCAGUCCCUCCUGACAAACAGUAUUUACUUACAAGAUUCGGAGGUAACCGUGAAGGGAUUCAGGAUAUACGGUGCACCUUGGACCCCAUGGUUUAAUGGAUGGGGCUUUAACCUACCCAGAGGUCAGUCUCUUCUGGACAAGUGGAACCUCAUUCCCGAGGGCAUCGACAUCCUCAUGACACACGGACCUCCGCUAGGUUUCCGAGACUGGGUUCCAAAAGAGCUUCAAAGAGUGGGCUGUGUGGAGCUGUUGAACACAGUGCAAAGGCGAGUCCGGCCCAAGCUCCAUGUGUUUGGAGGAAUACAUGAAGGAUAUGGCAUCAUGACAGAUGGCUACACAACGUACAUCAAUGCCUCAACGUGUACAGUCAGCUUUCAACCAACCAAUCCUCCAAUUAUAUUUGACCUUCCAAACCCACAGGGUUCUUGAAGCUUUGAUACCCCACUGGAAAAUGAGGAAAGAUCUAUAAACUGCCAUUUUUCUAAUGACAAAACCUACAUUCUCUUUCUUGUUCAUUUCCAAAUCCUUUCAGUUCAUUUUUUUAAAUUGCUGAAACUUGAACGAUGGUAGAAAGUUGUGCUUCUUUUUCCUUUUUCUAAAUGGGCAUCCAUUUGAAAUCAAAGGAGCCUUGUAAAUUUGUAAAAUAACUUCUGUUUCCUCAAAAGCCACGCCAUUAUUAGUAUUCGCCAAAGGACAGCCAAGCUUUUUCUUUUUUUCUAAGUACUGAAAAUCGUAUUUUAAUAUGCUUUAAGCUGGAAGAAGAAGGAGAAAAAAUGUGAGAACCAGGUAGGCAGUGUUUAAAAAAAAAAACACAAACAAACACACACCCAAAUUUGCACAACUGUCUGAGUAUUGUUUGAAGUAUUUUUUUUAAUGUUUUGUUGUUUCUGUUGUUGUUAUUUUCUUGGUAAGCUUUCUUUUUUGCAGACGUGGCUCUGAUUUAUAACAAUCUUCUCAGCAAAAACAGAUGUGGAAGGAGAGAGCUCUUCAAAUACAGCGUUCAACCCUCAAUGUAGAAGAAAGCUGUGUCAAAAGAGGAGCCACGCCCUCGCUUGAAGCCUGGCUCAGCUAGAGAGAGCCAGAUUGUGGUUCUUCAAGUCCUCCUUGUCUAUUUGUUUCCUUUUUUAAAUUAUUUUAGCUUUAAAAAUAUGAAAAUGGAAUCUGUGGAGAGAGCAAGUAUUUCAUGCAAUGAAAAGAAAAAAUGAGCGUGCAGACUCCUUUUCAAUAUGGAUUUAUAUAUAUAAGUAUUUUUUGUGUAUUAUGAUUAAGUUAGGAGUUUAAUAUUGCCAAGGACAGUCCAACUGCAAAAGGGAUGCUGUACAGCAGCACAUCAGAUGGCGAAAGACGCGGAAACGUUUUCUCAGAACUCAAGGUCUUAAAGAGCUUGAGUUAAAUCUAGGUGCAGUUGCAAGUGUGUAUAGACUUAAAUGGAUGCAAUGGAAGCUAACUAAAAUAAGGCUUAGUUGUCCUUUAUAUUUAAAUACCCCGAAUUGUCUUCUUACUUCCUCUCCCACCUCCCCCCCAUUUUGCACUGUGUGUCGAUGCAAUCUUCGCUAGCACAAAAUAUUGUCGCUAAUAGUCUUUUCUGUUUUCCCAUUGUAAAUGCUGUUAAGCUUUAUUCUAUUUUAUGUUCUCCUGUUAAUGAAAUUUAGGAAAGCAGUGUUUCUUUAAAUUUAUUGUGAUAUUCUAUAUCUAGCGGCCUUUAUAUGCAAAUAAAAUUGCAAGAUUUUU